CUUUCCUCUCCUCUGUCUCCCUAAUCACUUCUUCUUGCUCUUGGCUCCCGCCCUCCUGGUGCCCUUCCUGUCUUUUCUUUCGUCUCCAAGCUCACUGAUGCCAUCCACCUGGCCGGCGGGCUCCGCUUCUGCACCGCAGGCGCUCUGCUCGGCGGGCUGUGUCUCGCUUCCCUUCCUCUCUGGCGCGGUGUCUUGCUGCUGUUCUUCUUGUCCUGGCCAUUUACUCUUCUUGAGGGCGUCCAGGGCCGAGUGUGAUUUGGAUGGGCGCAGCUCUUGAUCGGGAAUGCCCUUGUCUGCCUUAAUCUUCAGCUCCUUCCUCAUCAACUCAGUUCUUCCCUUGAAGCUUGGAAUUGGGAAGGGGAAUCCUGGAAACAAACAAGCACAAUACACGUACGGGUGUCACUGUCUGUGUUUGUUUAGGUACCCAGGCCGCUUCGACCGCCUCGGUGUGCGUCCUGCAAUGCGCCUCUCAGACCGCGGUAGCCCAUCGUGACACACUUCAGCUCGGCUGUCGCCCGCCAGCAGGUCUUUUCGGUGUAGUUGAGGAGGGUCAUGAUCCAUGGGUCGGCAAUCCAGGCGUCAAUGAGCCUCUCGAGCUGUGGGUGGAGACGCUUGACGUCCACCACCCACUUGAGCAUAGCAAAUGCAAACUCAGCGUCGUCAUUCCGCCGCUGAGACAGAGACAUAAAUAAAUGCGUCAUGCGGACUUCCAUGUGUGUUCCCCCACCCCAGGGCCCCGCAGCAGGUACCUACCUGAUUGGUUUCCAGCAGCAGGUCAGUCACUGCAUACAGGUCGUUCCUCGAGCCCCCACUCGGCAGCCGGAGCCUCUCCAGCAGCUGCACGGCUUCCCGCCACUCCGCCAGAAAUGCGCGGUCGCGGUUGCAACGAGCCAUGAAGCCGCUAAGUUUCUUGCAAAAGGCCUCCUCGACGCUGUGGCCUUCCGUGUUGAUAAUCAAGGGGUCCUCGGCCUUGGUGACGACGUAAACAGGGCCAAAUGACGGGGAGAGCUUCUCCGAGGGAUCGGUGAGAAGUUUCCCCUGUGUGAGGUUGAAUAUUCGCUGUGUUCUGAACGAGAUGUUGUGGCGCUGCUCCAGCAGCGGCCGGAGGAUCCAGACCGACAUCUGGUUGCAGCAGUGGACUCUGAUCGUGUCCUUGCCCUUCGUGUUGCUGACGUUGUGCACGACCUGCGAGAGCGAAUGUAAUGUUGCAGAACACUCACAUAUGAUGGUAUGGUGCACAUACUUACAUACCUGAUGAAAAGAGCCUUCCGUAUUCCGCAGCGCAUAGACCAGCGCCACUCUCGCCUCAUAGAGGUCCAUCAGGGCCGCCUCGUGCAGCGCUUCCACGAAUGUCAGGUUGUCGUCGGCCGAUCGGUUGAUGAGCCCCAGAAGGGUCCUCAUGAGCUCUUUCUUGCCGUCUCCCUGAGGGCACCGCGAUUUUGGCUGGUCGCCAAGCUGCACCGCUCUUUCCCACAGCACCGAGACGGCCCCUUCCUUAUCAAUCCACGCCUUGUAAAACCGCGCGAAGGCGAGGUAGCCCUUGAGCUCCGUCAAAGGGCCGCCGGCGUUGUCUGCGAACACACACAGAUGAAUGAAUGCACUGAUUGACAAUGAGUGCACCGGUGUCUUCUCCCCUCCCUCGUGACACUCACCCCACAGCCGCAUGUAGAAUGGGUUGCGAUGCAGCUGAUGAUCAAAGAGCAGCCAUGCAAUCGCACGUAUCAGCUUGCGUGUGUGCCUCGCAUCACGUUUCAUGCGGUGCGGUGCGUACCUCUCUCACGCUCUCGUAUUGAGCGCCGUCCGCCUCCGUCUGAAUCAUUCCUUUCCUGAAACUCCUGACCUCCUCUCUGUUCAUCGUCCGCUUCUCCCUUUUGGGCUUUGUGUUGGUUGUGGCCUUCGUGUGGGACUCGUAGAUCAGGUGUCUGGUCG